CUCCCCCCACAGCCAUCGUUAACCCUUUUAUCGACAUUAAAAAAACACUGGUCAUGAUUGCAAUCCACCGAAUCAUCGCAAACCACCAAAUCUCCCCAUUUGUGUCAGUUUUACUAUAACGUGCACUGCAUAAAAUGAACACCCCCCCAAAAAAAAACUAAAUGCAUAUUUUUUUCUUCAACUUCCCCCACAAACAAUAUUUUUUCUGCUGCACAGUACAUUUUAUAGUAAAAUGAAAGGUGUCAUUACAAAGUACAAUUGGUUGCGCAAUUAUGUCUCAAAAGACGACAAGGAAAAACAAAAAUGCAACAAUUCAUCCUCGUCCUCUUACGGUGGGGACGAAGGGUAUUCACUUAACCUUACUAGCAGAAGUGAAAUGUUUGCUGAGGCAUUGGCUUAAAGGAGUAUUCCACUUGCCAGCUUUCGGAAGUAAAUGUUUCGAACGCUGUUUUCGUGCUGCGGGUGUCGGUCAUGCCCCUUGUGACAUCAUGGCCACACCCCCUCAAUGCAAGUAUGGGAGGUGCCCCUUUAAAGACACAAUGCCGACCCUGUCUGAAGUUACAGACACCUUACUUAAGCUAUUGCAGUUUGACUCCACAAACACACUAAACGACCCUGACAAACAUGCCAAAGCAUUUUUUUACCAAGUGGCGAACAUUCAUUGUAAAGGUUAUGUCUGAAGAGGAUAGGCAACACCUGAUGAAAAAGUAUGAACUGACAAAAUGGUUGAUGCAAGAACGGAUUGAGGAGAGGGGAAGUGAUUAUGUGACUUUUUGGGCGAUCCCGACCAUCCGACCUCCGACUUCGCACUUUGUUCAAGUGAUGGUUUAUUCAGCACUAUGAUCUUCUAUGUUUCGUAAUUUUGAUGACCACAUGCAUGUCUUCCUUUAAGAGUUUCUUCCUGUUAUACUAAGAGACCUAUAUUAAUGAAGAUAUCUUGUAUAAGUAUUUUCCAGUAUCCAUCCACUAGCAGAAAUAGAAGAUGCUCUCCUGCGGAACCUUUUUAUGGGGUACCAGAAAUGGGUGAGACCUGUGCACAACCCUAAUAAAACAAUAAAAGUCAAUUUUGGCCUGAAAAUAUCACAGCUUGUGGACGUGGAUGAAAAAAAGCAACUGAUGACCACAAACGUUUGGCUGAGACAGGAAUGGGUGGAUUUUAAAUUGCGAUGGAAUCCUAAAGAUUAUGGAGGAAUAACUUACAUCAGAGUACCUUCUGAAUCCUUGUGGCUUCCUGAUAUAGUUCUAUUUGAAAAUGCAGAUGGCCGUUUUGAGGGAUCUCUGAUGACAAAAGCAAUAAUAAAAUAUGAUGGGACAGUAAUAUGGACUCCACCAGCAAGUUAUAAAAGUUCCUGCACUAUGGAUGUCACUUUUUUCCCAUUCGACCGCCAGAACUGCUCAAUGAAAUUUGGAUCAUGGACUUAUGAUGGGAACAUGGUUGAUCUUAUUCUUCUAGAUGAAAAUGUAGACAGAAAAGACUUUUUUGAUAAUGGAGAGUGGGAUAUCUUAAAUGCUACAGGUCUGAAAGGCAUGAGGAGAGACGGGAUUUACUCAUACCCCCACAUUACAUAUUCUUUUGUUUUGAGGCGUUUGCCAUUGUUCUAUACAUUAUUUCUUAUUGUCCCUUGCUUAGGACUGUCUUUCCUAACUGUCCUUGUGUUCUAUCUCCCUUCUGAUGAAGGUGAAAAGCUGUCUCUCUCCACAUCUGUCCUGGUGUCCCUUACAGUUUUUCUUCUUGUUAUUGAAGAGAUCAUUCCAUCUUCCUCUAAAGUAAUCCCCUUGAUCGGAGAAUAUCUCUUAUUUAUCAUGAUAUUUGUAACAUUGUCAAUAAUUGUAACUGUGUUUGUUAUUAAUGUCCACCACCGGUCUUCUGCAACAUACCAUCCAAUGGCCCCAUGGGUAAAAGGACUUUUCUUGCAAAAACUUCCAAGACUGUUAUGUAUGAAGGGACAUGUUGAUCGAUUCUCCUUUAUGGAUUCAGAAACCACCGCGCCUGCUUCUAAAGCAAAAAUAUCUGGUAAAAGAAAACAUAUUCAAGCAAGUGAUGGAGAAAAGGUUCUCAUUGCUUUCCUGGAAAAGGCAUCUGAUUCUAUUAAAUAUAUUUCAACUCAUGUCAAAAAGGAACAUUUUAUUAGACAGGUUGUACAGGACUGGAAAUUUGUGGCACAGGUUCUCGAUCGAAUUUUUCUCUGGCUUUUCCUCACUGUCUCCAUCACAGGCUCUGUUUUAAUCUUCACCCCUGCACUACGGAUGUGGUUGAAUAGCUACAACAUCUAACCUUGUCACAAUAUACUAUGUACUUCAGACUAUUCCAGCCAGAUCCCGACUGACAACUGUAGCCAUGUUAAGUCAACUUCACUUUGUAGCAAUCAAUAUUUUAUGUUAUAUUCAGCCCAUUUCUUCCGAUACCCACUGUCAAAUAAAUGUAUAUGUCUCAGUGCAUCUCACUACAGGCAGGUACUUCUCUUCCAUCUCUCUGUCUGCUCCUUUUAUGUUGUUUUCAAGAUUUUUAUAUCUGGACUGCAUAAAAAUAGAAAUGGUAAAAAAUACUAUAACACACAAAAAUGGUAUACACAUAAAACCACAAAUAUAUAGAUGAUCUAUAUCCUAUAAGCAUUUUCUAACCAAUGCUUUGUAAUGCACCAGGCAAUACAUUUAUGCUGAAAAGUUAGUUUCCACACAUUCCACAAAGGCAGAAUUUUGGAAAAAAGAUUUCCAAGCACAUUGAUGGCCACUGUAGAGAAAGUAAAAUGCCCCUUUAAGAACAUCGGAAACAAAGGUUAAAGGGGUUAUCCAGUGGAAUUAUGUAAUUUCUUAUUGGCCCCAGGGUGCCUAGAAAUAUAAUAAACACUUUUACUCACUUUCCGCUGCUCCCUUGUAGCUCCAGGAUCCAGGCGCCCCAUCUCUGGCCAGUCUUUCCUGACAGUCUGCUUCAGCAGAGCCUGCCAGAGUUGUAGACGUGAUGUCACAGCGCCAUUUUGCUAAUCACCGGCGCUGUCCCACCUCAGCAAGGGACAGCUGUAGAUGCUAUGCUCUGCAGCUCAGGGGAAAGCGGAAACACCGGCCGUGGAAGGAGCUCUCAGAUACCGGAGCUCUGAGGGAGGGGUGGAAGGUGAGUUAAAGUCUUUGUUAUUUUGUGCAGCAAGGACAAUAUGAAAUUGCCCAAUUUCACAAGAAAACCACUUAAAUGCCUAAUAUUUUGGUGUUUUGGGAUUGUGUGGAGGUUAAAGUAGGUGGCGUGAUGCGCAAAGGGAUGUGAUGGAAUGAUGAUGAGGGGUGUAGUCCAACAUAUGUCACAUGGCUUAAGUGGUGCACCCCUGCGUCCUUCUGUGAACCCACAAUGUUUUUUCAAACAAGGACAAUGCAAAUAGUUUGAAAUGUUCAUGGUAUAUUGUACAGUUCUAUGGCAUACACUUGUGGUUUCAGAAGAAAGAAGUAUAUGGUCACUAUUUUUUUUUACUUCUACUUAACUUGCUUGUGAACGUUCAUUGAAGAUGCAGACUGAUUUUGUGUUGCACUAACUUGGAUAUAGCAUUACUUGUGUCCUAUUUAACUGAGCAAACUGUCAAGGAUCUUCAUGGAGGUGAUCCAUGGAUCCCUCUCCACUUACUCCUAUGGACUUUGCUAAGACACAGCUCUGCUGCGGUAUCCAAAAGGGAAUUCCCCAACUUUACCUAUUGGUUUGCGACUGAAUGUGGAGGCAAAACAGCGUCUAAUGUUCUUGAAUACUUCUGCUGAAUCAUACCUUGGAACUAACACUCACAAAUGGUAGUGCAAUGUGCAGGACGGUUGAACAGAACUCCUUUAAAGGGGUCCAUUUUAUAAACUGAGUAGGAGAAAAUCCCCAUAGAAAACCUUUCCUGCUCCAGACAGUUCCUGACAUGGACAGAGGUGUCAGCAGAGAGCACUGUGGUCAAACAGAAAAGAAAUGAAAAAAGAAAAUAACUUCCUGUGUAUUAUACAGCAGAUGAUAAGUACUGAAUGGGUUAAGCUUUUUUAAUAGAAGUAAUUUACAAAUCUGUACCCAAAGAAGAGGAAGACCAGGCACUAGUCACAGCACUGUGCACUGAAAGAAUGCUCACCUGUCGGCAAAUAGGGAGCAAAAGCAGCCAAUGUCUCUGUGUGUCCCUCCGUGUGGUGCUACAAAGCAGAUCAAACAAAGUUCUUGUAAGGCAGGAAAUAUAUUCGGAGCACUCACCUCAGACACGAAUUGUCAUUCAGAAUAUUCUUUAUUCAU